AUGCGUCGCUUUCCGCCCCCGCAACUCCGGCGAGUCCUCCUGCUCCGCCACCUCUCAACCUCAACCUCCUCUCCUCCACCGCUCCACAUCCCAUUUCCCCCAAAUAAACCCACCAUAACCACCUCAUCAAUUAAAUCCUUCUCCUCCAUCCCAACCCGACCCGCCCGCCCUCCAAACCCGGCCCAAUUAGCCCAAUCUCUCUCCACCGAGCUCCUCCGCGACCCCACCUCCCCCGCCCCCGCCGUCGCCAGCCGCCUCCAGUCCGCCUUCCCCGGCAUCACUCCGACCCCCACUCUAGUCCGGUCCGUCCUCAGCCUCUCCCCAAACGCCGACCCCCGCUCAAUUCUAGGGUUUCACAGCUGGCUCAUCUCCGACAAUAACAUCGACGAUCACGGCGACCUCACCCUGUCGUAUUUGGUCGACUAUUUCCGGCAGAGGAGGGACUUCAAAUCGGCGCAAGAUGCGAUUCGCGCGGGCCGGAAGUUCGCCGGGCCGAAAACGGCGGGUUCGCAUUUCGGCGGGCUGGUUAGUGCCGGCAGGACUUCGCAGGCGGUUGCGUUUUUCGACGGGAUCAAGAGGGAGAGAGAAGCCGUCAAAUUGGCGGCGGAGAAGGUUUGCGAAAAUGCAUUUGAAGCUGAGCGAGUGGUGAAGCUGCUGACGCAGGAGCAGCCGAGAAAUGUGGAGACUUGGAAUGUGGUGAUCAGCUGUUUGUGUAAGACUAGGAAGUUGCAGGAUGGUUUGAAGCUGUUUCAGAGGAUGUGUGGUGGCGGGGGGAAGAUUGCGCCGAAUGAGAGGACUUAUGUGGUGUUGAUUAGGGGGCUGUACAAGGCAGGGAGGACGGAGGAGGGAGAUGCAAUGAUUGAGAGGAUGAAGGCGGCGACGGGGAUCAAGAUGGAUAACAAGGUGUACUACAGGAUUUUGAAGACAUUGUGUGGCGCCGGGAGGUUUGAUCACGCGGUGAGUCUUGUGAAGAAGAUGAAGGAGGAUGGGUGUGAGCCUGGGGUUAAGAUUUAUCUGCUGAUGAUGGACAAAUUGGGAGCUGAUUACCGGGUGGAUAAAGCGGCUGCUGAUGCUAAGCCGGGGGAGUUGAAGCGCAGGCCGAGGCUGCAUAAGCUGCACGAGCCUUUUAAGAGGUGGCAGAAGCCGGAGAAGGUGAAGGAAACGAUCAGCGAGAAGGUGCAGAGGAAGAGGAGGCGUAUUAAGCAAGUGAGGCUGCUGUUUGUGAAGAAGCCCAUAAUUGGACUGCAUCGACCCUUCUGA